ACAAACUUUUACCAGCUUACCCAACUCAACAAAGCAAACACCAGAGUUCAUCAACUAUAACACAUCACAUCCAAGAUUAGUGAGUAGGUCUUCCAAACGUACCUCGCAUUUUGAAACCCUAGCUCGCGCUUCGAUCGAUCGAUCUCUCCUUCCAGCAACCCACCACAAUUGAGGAUUCCACCAAACCCACCAAUCUCCGAAGCCCUAGAGAUUCGGCCGUGGGAGCUCUAGGGGUCUUGGGUCCCAGCAAUGGCGAUCCUCGGCGAUGCGCUCCGGCAGGCGUUCAUGCCGAAGCACGAGUACCAGAGCCUUCGGGAGGAGGACCGGGCGUGGCUUCGCCUGCAGAGGCCUUUGUUGCUAUGCGGUUUGGCGUUUGUUUCGCUUGCGAUUGCCGUCUCCACUUGGAUUAGCUUGAGUAUAGUGUUUCGAGCCGACGGCGGGAAGCGGCCGUUCUGCGCCGAUUUGCGGCUCCAGCCGCUGUCGAUUAACGUUAGCGCGGCCGGCACCGCUGGGGAUUCGGAUCUUUUCCCCAGAGCGUUUUACCUUACGGAUCAAGAAACUGUGGACUACUACUGGAUGGUUGUAUUCGUUCCUUCUACGUUGGUUUUCGUUGUCUCGGUGGUUUAUCUUUUAGCAGGGAUUAUUGUUGCAUAUACGGCUCCAACAAGACAUUGGUGUUUACAGGUUGUAGAGAAUAACUAUUGUGCAUCAAAGAGGGGUGGGGUUCGCUGCUUGUCCAUUCUAAAUGUUGUGUUUGCCAUCAUUUUUGGCCUUCUGGCAAUUUUUCUUGGCUCAAGCCUUCUCACAUUGGGGAGCAGCUGCUCAUCGCCCUUGUUUUGGUCAUAUGAGGUUGCGUCUUGGGGAUUGGUCAUUCUAUACGGGGGAACUGCAUUCCUCCUAAGAAGGAAAGCAGCAAUAGUUCUUGAUGAAAGUGACUUUGCCGGUCGGAAUCUUGGGCUAGAAAUGUUAGAAGCAAACCCAUUAGAAGUCACGCCAGAUGUAGAGAGGCGUGUUAAUGAAGGUUUUAAGUCCUGGAUGGGAUCAUCCUACCUAUCCUCUGAUGAAGAGGACGAACCCGACAACUAUCAGGACGCGUCUCAUCCAUUCCGCACAAACUCAACAAGGCAAAGGGCGUGAUUGCAUCUUUCGUGCAUGAGUUCUCAACAUCACUAACUCCAGCACUUUUGUCUGACUCAGUUCAUUUGUAUUUGGGGGUAUAUCCUGGAAUGCUGGUGGUUGCAAUUUCUACACUAACUGGUACGCAUAGAGGAUGGAACAUCGACGAUGACACGGGAUGAAACAAUUUCUACACAGGAUGCGUCGGUGUUGAAUGAGCUGGCUGUUGUAUCAGUGCUAGGUAACUGUCCAUAUUUUGUAAAAUAUCGCUAGAUAAAAUCUUCUGUUCUUUUUUACCCUUCUCGGCGCUGCAAGGCUACAAGCUUGUUUCAUCCUAAGUGAAACAAUUUUUUCAUCUUCCGUAGCUUCUGAACUGAAUCAUGAAAAUUUGUCGGCUAACUGAGUUACUGACUUACAUGCUCGAAAUUGUCAUUGAUAUUCUUGUGCCUU